AUGACUCUGGGAAGCAAAGCAGAUGGAAGCAUUCGAGAGCUCAAGGAUAAGUGGGUUCGUGGGCUGGUGAAGCAGCAUAUUGCAAGUUUUGAUUAUUUUGUAAAUGAGGAUAUAAAAAACAUAAUGCGAGCAAAUGAACGGGUUACUAGUGAUGCUAAUCAAUCGUUUUAUCUCAAAUACCUAGACAUAUCUGUCGGAAUGCCUUCAAGCGAGGAAGGGUUUGAAACGAAUGAUAGAAUAAGCCCACACGAGUGUCGUUUGCGUGACAUGACUUAUUCUGCUCCUAUUAAAGUGGAUGUGGAGUAUACAAGAGGGAAUCAACGCGUUUUACGCAGUGGUAUUGUCAUCGGUAGGAUGCCUAUUAUGCUACGAUCAAGCCGUUGCAUUCUAAAAAACAUGACUGAAGAGGAGCUCGCAAAAGUUCAAGAAUGUCCUUAUGAUCCUGGAGGUUAUUUUAUCGUUCGUGGCUCUGAAAAAGUUGUCUUGAUUCAAGAGCAACUGUCGAAGAAUCGUAUAAUGAUUGGAAGGAACAGCAAAAAGGAACUACAGUGUGAGGUUAUGAGUUCGUCUUCUGAUCGGAAAAGUAAAACCUAUGCCAUGGGCUUUGAGUCAGACUACGACAUAGUUUGUGCAGUGGGUUGCGAAGAAAAAUUUGUUGCUGCUAUGGCUCCUUCCAUUGAAGAGUGUGCUAGCCACCAGAUAGUUACCCAAGAAAAUGCUCUUGCCUAUGUUGCAUCCAAGAUAAAUGCAAGAAAAUUUGCUUUUGGAGGUCCUAAUGAAGCACCUUCUUUAACUUCUGGACCACUGAAGCGAGAACAUGAAGCUAUCGAUUUUCUUACUAAUUUGAUGGUUUGCCAUAUUUCGAGUGGCGAUGGUAAUAUGAAGAUGAAGGCAAUUUACAUAGGAUUAAUGGUUAGAAGGUUAAUACAAGCUGAAUUGGGCGACGUAGAAUGCGACGACCGUGACUUUUAUGGCAAUAAAAGACUCGAGCUUGCAGGCUCUUUGUUAGGGCUGCUUUUUGAAGAUGUCUUCAAGAGAUUUAACUCAGAAUUGAAGAGGAAGGCUGAUAGUGGUUUCACUCAUAACAGGGCUGCUUCACUGGACAUUGUUAAAUGCAUGCAGCAGGACUUGAUUACUAACGCUUUGGUUAAUGCACUUUCUAGUGGCAACUGGAUCAUCAAACGUUUUAAGAUGGAGAGGCAUGGAGUUACACAGGUUUUAUCCCGUUUAUCAUAUAUAUCUGUCCUUGGCAUGAUGACUAGAAUAAAUUCAACCUUUGAGAAGACCCGAAAAGUUUCGGGACCGCGUUCACUGCAGCCAUCUCAGUGGGGGAUGUUGUGUCCUUCUGAUACUCCAGAGGGUGAGUCAUGUGGAUUGGUAAAGAAUCUCGCUUUAAUAAGUCAUAUCACAACAGACAGUGAUGAACGGCCAGUUUUGCGACUGCUGUAUAAUGCUGGAGUUGAAAACUUACAGUCGCUUCAUUUUUCUGUAAUUCAUAAUCCGAAAUAUCAUAUCGUGUUUUUAAAUGGCGCGAUAGUUGGACUAACGAAUGACCCCCAACGCAUUGUAUCCACCAUUCGCGCAGUACGGCGUAAUGGCCUUCUAAAUGAAUUUGUCUCAGUGUCGACAAAUGCUGCAUUAAGAUCAGUUUAUAUAGCCAGUGAUGGUGGUCGAUUGUGUAGACCUUAUAUAAUUGUUACUGAUGGACGCCCACACGUAACUCAGAAUGACCUAGAGGAAUUGAAGAAGGGACAUAGAAUUUUUGAGGAUUUCGUUGAUGAUGGUCUUAUUGAAUACUUGGAUGUUAAUGAAAUGAAUGAUGCUUCGAUUGCAGUUUAUGAGAACGAAAUUAAACCGAAUACUACACAUCUAGAGAUUGAACCGUUGACGCUUCUGGGUGUUUGUGCUGGUUUAAUUCCAUAUCCGCAUCAUAAUCAAAGUCCAAGAAAUACUUAUCAGUGCGCAAUGGGUAAGCAAGCUAUGGGCACAAUUGGUUACAAUCAACAAAAGCGUAUCGAUUCUCUGAUGUAUUUAAUGGUUUAUCCCCAACGUCCAUUAGUCAAAACUAAGACCAUCGAGUUCUGUAACUUUGAGAAGUUACCUGCGGGGCAAAACGCGAUUAUUGCCGUGAUGUCGUACAGCGGCUACGAUAUUGAAGACGCAUUAGUAUUAAAUAAAGCCUCUUUAGAUAGAGGCUAUGGAAGAUGUUUGGUUUAUAAGCAUGCGAAAGGAACAGCAAAAAAAUAUCCUAAUCAAACUUUUGACCGCUUGAUGGGACCGACAUUGGAUGCAGCAACCCGUAAGCCAAUUUUCAAGCAUCGUGUUUUGGACCAAGAAGGCAUUGUUUAUGCUGGGGCACGCAUAUAUUCGAAACAAGUGAUGAUAAAUAAACAUAUGCCAAUAAUCAGUUCUGAAGCCGGUGCGCCAUCGGCUCCCGGAGUUAGCAUUAUGCAAGGCUCUCGCAAUGUGGAAUACAAGGACGUUUCUGUUACGUAUCGUACGGCUACUCCGUCGUAUGCUGAAAGUGUCUUGUUAACAUAUAAUGAAGACGAUGCGCAUCUUAUAAAAAUUCGUUUGCGUCAAACCAGGAGACCAGAAUUAGGCGAUAAAUUUAGUAGCAGACAUGGUCAGAAAGGGGUUUGCGGUUUGAUUGCGCAACAGGAGGAUAUGCCCUUCAAUGAUCUCGGCAUGUGUCCUGACAUUAUAAUGAAUCCACAUGGCUAUCCUAGUCGUAUGACUGUCGGGAAGCUUAUGGAACUCCUUAGCGGGAAGAACGCUAUUUUAACGGGGCGUUUUCAUUACGGCACGGCUUUUGGAGGAGAUCAGGUUGCUGAUGUUUGCGAGGAACUGGCGGCUAGAGGUUUCAAUUUCAUGGGCAAAGACAUGCUUACUUCAGGGAUUACUGGACAACAACUUUCAGCUUACAUUUACUUUGGUCCUAUAUAUUAUCAAAAGUUGAAACACAUGGUGUUGGACAAAAUGCAUGCUAGAGCUAGAGGCCCCAGAGCUGUUUUGACUCGACAGCCUACGGAAGGUAGGGCGCGAGAUGGCGGUCUUCGACUAGGAGAAAUGGAGCGAGACUGCUUGAUUGCUUACGGGGCUAGCAUGUUACUUAUGGAACGUUUGAUGGUGUCGUCAGAUGAGUUUCAAGUUGAUGUUUGCUCAAAAUGUGGAAUAAUAGGAUACAAAGGCUGGUGCCAAUACUGUCGUUCGUCAAGAACUAUGGCCACAAUCAAAAUACCGUAUGCUUGUAAACUUUUGUUCCAGGAGCUACAGUCUAUGAAUAUUGUGCCUAAGAUUAGUUUAUCAAAAUAUACAGAUUGA